AUGUCUAGCACUUCUACAUUUUCUAUUCUUAUUGUUUUUCUUGUUGUUGUUGGUGAGUUAGGCUAAAUCUAGAGGAGGAAACAUUUAAAAUCCAGAUUUUACCGCCUUGUUUCAUAGCAUAGGCAAUCAAGUUCGCUCUAUCGCACGUUUAAUUUAUUAGAGAGCAUGCAGAAUUGAGAGACACAGAGAAAUCAGAGAGCUAGAGAGUUAGAGACGCAGAGAAACCAGAGAGCUGGAGACGCAGAGAAAUCAGAGAGCUAGAGAGUUAGAGACGUAGGGAAACUAGCUGCUUCGCUCGAUUAGAGAGCAUGUAGAAUUGAGACACACAGAGAAACCAGAGAGCUAGAGACGCAGAGAAACUAGCCGCAGCGCGGAAGAUUGCAGUUCGAGCGCUUUGCGCGAGUGUAAACCGCAAGCUUCCGCAUCAGCGGCACUCUCUACCGCUUCAGCGGCCAGUUACUCUACGUCUCUAACCUUCCAGCUGCAGAUGCAUGGGUUUGUAGUGUUCUCUGGACGUCUGGCUCUCUGUUUCUCUUCUCAUAAAAAAUUUGAAACUAUUUGAAAAGCGCGGGGAACAAGACACAUACACCGCGACGCAAAACUACACACACAAUAAACAUUUACAGUAGUCCAGUAUAAAAUUGUAUGUUAUUUUUGUUGAGUAUUGCUCAAAGAUGCCAGAGCAGAAAUAUCUAAUCCCUCUCAAAAAUUCCUAAAUCAUUUGAAACGUAUUCUUCCCAGUUUUUGUAAGUUCAAAAAUUCUCCAUAGUGCAUUGACCCUAGUUCCGAGCUGCUCAAAAAUGCACAUUCAUACAUACAGGGAAAAUUAGGCGGCAGGUGUGCUGCAGGUAAUUUUGGCUGACAUGACCUAGGCAUGGUCGUCGCAGGAGUUUUUUGAAAUGUUCAAAAAUGCUGCGGCGACCAUGCUGCGUGCAUGCCUAGGUCAUAAGUUACCUGCAGUACACCUGCCGCAUGCAUGCCUGACUUUUCCUGUGUAUAGUUUGAUUACUCAUCUCAAUCUCAUUCAUUUAUAUUUUUUUUUAAAUCCGAUCAAAUUUCCAAAUUAGCAUACUAUUCUAUUUUGUUUGUUUUUAUGGUGGUGGUUGUGUGUUUUUCAUGAAUGAAAAAGCUUUGAGAGCUCAUUGCACUAUCAAAUGACGUUUCAGUGACUUUUAAAAGUCACUUAGGAGAGUGAGAGACGCAGAGAGCCAGACAACGAGAGAACACAAUACAGUUAGAGAAGCAGGUGUGCGAGAGACUGUAAAAAUAGGAUUUUUUGAAAAACCGGGAAAAAUACGUUUCAAGCCUAGGCCUACGCCUAACCCUGAAGCCUGAAACUUAAAAGCCUAGAAUUUUGGAUAAGCCUAACCUAAUCAAGAUCAAUCUAGAGUGAGAUUCAAGCCUGUAUUCUAGCCUGAUUCAGGCUUCGAGCCUGCAUGGACUAGGCUCAACCUUGUAGCCUGCAAACUUUGGCGCAGCGGCCGGGCCUAGAAGCGUCUAGGCCAGGUCUAACCUAGACUCAACUCAGGCCCAGCCUACCCCAUCCCCUCCCAAAUCCAUCCCCAAAUUCCAGCCAAUUUCAAAUGCGAAUCAACAUCAGUGGUAACAUGUAUGCUGUGCAAAGUGAUCACCGAACCGCUCGAAUACAAUCUCUCACCAACCGCCACACUCUCGGCAAUGUUCAAAAAAUGCGACAAGAUGGGUUUGAUGGAGCCGGUGUGUGGUCAGUUUGUGUCGGAAAAUGUGAAGACGAUAUUCAAUCGUGUCAAGUCGGGAGUUCCGCCACAAACUAUUUGUCAGGCGAUGCAAAUGUGUGAACCAGUGAGAAGAAGAUAAUGAGGAAAAUAUUGAUUUUUUUGUUUGUUUUGGUAUAUCAAAAAAUGGUGAUGAUCUAAUAAAAUUUUGCAUUUGUUUGUUAGAGACGCAGAGAAGCCAGACAGUUAGACAUAACUGUAGAGUUAGAGACGCAGAGAAGCUAGAAUCAGGUUCAGACUACAUGCAACCUUCUGCUCGACCCGAUUCCAAGCCGCGUUGCAAACCGCGACGCGCUCAAAAGUGUUCCUGUUGCUAUAUCUGUUGAGGUUGUCAAUACCGUACCACCACAUGCGUAUCUAACUCCAGGUUUCAUUCCAAUUUUCUUCUCAAGUUAGAUCUGCAGGCUCUCUACAGUACUCAACAUGUCCCUCCCUUGAAAUUCAAAUGAGCGCAGCAAGGCUUGGCUACUUGACAACUAGGCUUUUUAGGCUUGGCUGCUUGUCAGAGGUUGAUCUCUAGGCGCGGUUGCUUGUCAGAGGCGAUAGUACCUCUCAAGACGCCGCUGCUUGUCAGAGUGGUCCUCAAGGCUUGGCACCUAGCCAGAGUGGUCUUCAAGGCGUGGCUCAUAGUCAUAGCAGUUCUCAAGGCUUGCCUCCUAGCCAUAGCAGUUCUCAAGGCUUGAAUCUUAGCCAGAGGCGGUUCUCAAGGCGCGGCUAUUUGACAUAGAGGCUUUCAAGGUGCGACUCAUUGUGAGAGUGGCUGUCAAGCAGCGGCUUCUAGCCAUAGUAGCUCUCCAGGCUUGGCUACUUGACAUUUGAGCUCUCAAGGUGCGGCUUCUAGCCAUAGCAGUUCUCAAGGCUUGGCUACUUGACAACUAGGCUGUCAAGGCUAGGCUACUUGUCAGAGUGGCUGUCAAAGCGUGACUCCUAGCCAUAGCAGUUUUCAAGGCCUGGAUACUUGUUCUCAAGAUGCGGCACCUAGCCAUAGUAGCUCUAUAGGCGCGGCUGCUUGACAUAGCAGUUAUCAAGGCGCGGCCCCUAUCCAGAGUGCAUCUCUAGGCACGGCUCCUAGAAAAUUAAGUUCUCUAGGCUCAGCCACUUGGAAUCCUUAACCCUAUGUCCAAAAAAAGUGUUCCCCCAAUUUUCCAACCCAAAAAAGUGACCUCGAAACGCGGAAAGCAGUCAGUCUUCCAUCAUUAUUAUUAUUCUAUUCCUACUCCCCUCCAUUUCCUAUUAUUUUCACAUUCAGUCAGUCAGUCAGUCAGGCCAAUUAACUUUUUUUCCGUCACACACGGACUGUCCACUUUGUAUUGUGUUAUUAUUAUAAUAGAAUUUGUAUAAUAUAAUUUUAUUUUAUUAUAUAAAUUCCUAUUAUAUUCAUUUUUUUUUGAAAAUGAUGAAGAUGAAGAUGAAAAAUGACAUUUUUUGAAGAUGUUCGAUCAUUUUUAAUUUGACUCGACUAAAUUCCUAGUUCCAGAUUUUUUUUUCGAAAGUUUGGAAUUCAAUUUUAAAAAUUUUGGAUUUUUUUUUGAAAUUUGGUAACCUAAAAUUAAUCUGAAUUUAGGAUAACUUGAAAUUUAAGAUAAAUUUUGCUGUAUUUUGAUGUAGAUCUGAAAAUGCCGUGUCUGUUAUUUAGCCCAACUCACUCAGAGCCGCGCUUGUGCCAAGAAGCUUAGCUCUCAAGUAGUCAAGCCUAGAAAUCCUAGCUCCCAAGUAGCCAAGCCUAGAGAGCAUAAUUUUCAAGCAGCCGAGCCUAGAAAGCCUAGCUCUCAAGUAGCCACCUCUAGAGAGCAUGGGUUUCAAGUAGCCGCACCUAGAAAUCCACUCUGGCAAGCAACAGCACCUUGAAAGCUUCUAUGUCGAGUAGCUUCGCCUAGAAAGCCUAGCUCUCAAGUAGCCGCGCCUAUAGAACUUACAAUUAGUUCUUAAGUAGCCAAGCCUAGGGAACCUAGUUGUCAAGUACCCGCGCCUUGAGAGCUUCUAUGUCAAGGAUCGGCGUCUAGGCAACCUGAGUGUCUAGGACCCACAUCUAGAAAUUCACUCUUACAAGGAGCAGCGCCUAUAGGUCCACUCUGGCAAGCAGCCGCGCCUUGAAAUUCCAGUUUUCAAGCAGCCUAGUCUAGAAAUCCUCAUUCCAGAUGGCCAACAACCUCAACGAAAUCCAAAGUUCCUCCUCAACCUCAUCCACCUCAAAAAAUAUCGCAAAAACUUUGCGACUAUAUUCAUCGGAUGGUGAGCGAAGCACAAGAAUGGAGGUGGAUGAGAACACGAUGUGCGCCGAUAUUUGCCAACAUUUUUCGUGUGAUGUUAUCACGUUGCAAAUUGGCAAUUAUCAUUUUCGGUGAGUAAGUUCGAGCGCUAACUGCCUGGCUUCUCUGUGUCUCUAAGCCUCUAGCUGUCUGACUUCUCUGCAUCUCUAGCUCUCUAGCUCUCUAACUCCUCUGCGUCUCUAAAUCCCACAAAUUAAAAACCUUGUAAUCCUGGAUAAUCUUUUGGUCCCGACAAGGAUUAGAAGAAAAUUGAUGUCCAAAAACAAGUGCACAAGUUCCUCUAGGUCACAAAAAUCUCAAAAUCUUCUGAUCUUGAGAAGAUUUGUGGGGAGAUCUGAUUUACGGUUAGGCCUAAGCCUAAGCCUAACUAAGCCUAAGCCUAACUAUGCCUAAGCUUAGCUAAGCCUAAGUUUAACUAAGCCUAAGCUUAACUGAGCCUAAGGCUAAUAAGCCUAAGCCUAACUAACCCUAAGCCUGAUAAGCUAAGCCUAAGCCUAAUAAGCCUAAGCCUAACUAAGCCUAAGCUUAACAAAGCCUAAGCCUAACUAAGCCUAAGCUUAGCUAAGCCCAAUAAGCCUAACUAAGCCUAAGCCUAACUAAGCCUAAGCUUAACUAAGCCUAAGCCUAAGUAUGGCUAAACCUAAGCUUAACUAAGCCUAAGCCUAGAUAAUCCUAAUUGAGUCUAAGCCUAAGCCUAAGCCUGCACCCAAGCCUGAGUCUAACUAGGUUUAAGUCUAACUAAGCCUAAGCCUAAUAAGCCUAAGCCUAAUUAAUCCUAACUCAGCCUAAGUCUAACUAAACCUAAGCCUGACUAAGCCUAAGCUUAACUAAGCCUAAGCUUAACUAAGCCUAAGCCUAAGCCUAACAAGCCCCCCAAAACCCUCUAAAACAAAUUUCCAGCCAACUGAAACCCUCGACCUCUCCUCUGGCAAUUCUUCACGACUUCUGCCGGAUCCUCUCAAUGUCCGAAGACGAGUCGUCUCGAACCUUCGACGAGAUCCUCACCUACACCGAUUCCUCGUCAUUCCGCCAUAUUUUCUCGUUUUUCCUCGGGAGACCGCGGAUUCGAGCGAAAAGCACGUUGAACAGUGGAAUAUUGUCGGAAGAUGUACUGAUUCGGAAGGGAAAAAUAUUGCAUUCGUGGGUCAAUGCCAAGGCUGUUUUUUAUAAUUCGAAUAUUCGAUUGCAGAUGAGUGAGUUGGCGGAAAUUGGCUGGGAUUACUGUAGAUGUGGCCGAAAAUCCACGAAUUUUGACACUAAACAUGCCUAGGCUAUGAGGUUACUGUAGAUCAACAUUUUGGCCCGAAAAAUGUCUAGGUGUGGAUCCUUGCUGAAAUGGUUUUCAAGGCGCUAAUCCUUGAGAAAUAGGUUCUCUAGGAGCGGCUACUUGCCAGAGUAGAUCUCUAGGAGCGGCUCCUACACAACUAGGUUCAUUAGGCGCUGAUCCUUGACAUAGAAGCUCUCAAGGAGCGGCUCUUCGCUAGAAUGCAUCUCUAGGCGCUGAGCCUUAUCAACUGGGCUUUCUGGGCGUGGCUACUUGACAACCGGGUCUUCUAGGUUUGGCUGCUAGGCAUAAGAAGCUCUGAAGGAGCGGCUUCUUGCCUGAAUGCAUCUCUAGGCGCUGAGCCUUGACAACUACGACUUCUAGGUGUGGCUACUCGAAAGCAAUAAUCUCGAGGCGCCGGUCCUAGACAAUCAGGUUCCCCAGACGCGGCUUCUUGCUAGAAUGCAUCUCUAGGCGCUGAGCCUUGUCAACUAGAAUUUCUAGAUUUGACUGCUUGACAUAGAAGCUCUCAAGGGGUGGCUACUUGUUUUAGAAGCUUUCAAGGCGCCGCUACUUGACAACCGGGUCUUCUAGGUUCGGCUACUAGACAAUCAGGGCUUUCUAGGCGCGGCUACUUGAGAGCAAUGACCUCAAGGCGCUGCUCCUAGGCAUUUAUAUUCUCAAGGCGCAUCAGCUUGAAAACAAUAACCUCAAAGCUCUGAUCCUAGAAAACUUCCACAAAAUACGUUUCAAAAUAUUUAUAUCUCAUAAUUCUUGAGAUUUCUCUGGUGCGAAAAAUAAAGCAAAAAUAUUAGGAAAAAAAUGUAUCUAGAAUAAUUCCAACCAACCCAAAUCCCUUCAGAACAAAACCACGACGAUCUCCUAAAUCUCCGCAAAAUGCGUGCCGAUAUCCACGACUCAAAACGCGGAAAAUCCCUCCGUCUACGCAACGACGACCAAUGCUAUCUGCUCAUCUUCCAACGCCCAAACAUCCUCCAAGUUUGGCUAACUAAAGCGCAACAAAUCGAAAAAUCCACUCACAUUGACAUGAGUGACGAGCACUUGACAAUGAUUCCCGAGCAACUUCUAACGAGCACCGACGCCCCGAUUCAAGUGCUAAACCUCCGGCGGAACUCUUUGAUUUCUAGACCACCUCUGGAGAAAAAUCUCGCUCUGGGUUAUGUUGAUGAUCUCUACCGAAUGUCCACACUGCAAGUUAUCGAUCUCUCUGCAAACCAGAUUCAGAAUUUCCCAAUCCCCCUUACAGUUUUGGGAAACUUAAGGCAACUUAAUCUAUCUUCAAAUUAUAUUCAAAAUCUUCCCAGAGAAAUUGGGAAUCUGCAACGGCUUCAACUCCUUAAUCUGAGCAAUAAUAUGCUGACAACCCUUCCAAAUGAGCUCGUAAAUUGCACAUAUUUAUCGAAUCUCGAUCUAUCAUUCAAUCAAUUUUCCGAUGUUCCAAAUUGCCUUUAUCAAAUGAAUAUUCUAGAUAUGUUCAGAUUAGCUGGGAACAAUAUCGAGAAGAUCGGAAGGGUUGGAAGUUUGCCAUCUGAGAAAAUCGAUUUACGAAGGAAUAUUUUAAGCACCUCUUUUAGGUUGGAUGUGGAGAAUAUAACACAUUUAGAUAUUCGGGACAAUUCUUUAGUCUCUACCGUACACCUGACAAAUCUCAGAUUCUUGAAGAUCAUCCACUGUGAACGAUUGCAGUUGACAAGCUUACAUUUGUCCGGAGAUAGCCUAACUCAUGUAUACGCGGAUAAUAAUUGUGAGUUUCUCCUAGAUCCCUGUAAAACACUCAUAGAAGAUUUUAGUGCUGGAAUCAAUUGUGAUUAUGCCUCUCCCUUUAAAUCUGCAAACUCUAUCACUGUCUUUCAAUCACUUCAAAACAUUGCCGAAUUGGAUUUGCGAUUGUCCGAUGUUGACAUUUUUGCGGGUUAAUGAUAAUCGAUUGGAGGAAUUGCCGAGGAGGUGAGAUCAGCGUGUCUAGCUGUCUGGUUUCUCUGCGUCUCUAGCUGUCUGAUGUCUCUGCGUCUCUACAAAUCAGGUUUCUCUGCGUCUCUAACUAGUUAGUUGUCUGCGUCUCUCAAUUCCAAAUGCUCUCUCAUCGAGCGAAGCGAGUGUAGACCGCAAGCUUCCGCGCAGCGGCCAGGUUACUCUGCGUCUCCAACUUUCUAGUUGUCUGUCUUCUCUGCGUCUCUAGCUUUCUGAUUUCUCUGCGUCUCUAGCGCUCUAGCUGUCUGAUUUCUCUGCGUCUCUAGCUCUCUGAGCUGAAGAAAAUUGUCAGAAAAUAAUUUUGGUGCAUUUUUGCGUCACGGUGUUUACAGAAAGUUUUUUAAUGUAUUUUUGUCGUAUUCAUCGUUGAAACUCUCAAAUUUCAGAGAUAUAAAUAUUUUGAAACGUAUUUUUUCGGGAAUUUUUUCUGCGUCUCUAGCUCUCUAGCUCUCUAGCUUCUCUGUGUCUGUUGACUCUAGAAAAUUGUUCCACAAAAUACGUUUCAAAAUAUUUAUAUCUUAUAUUUUUUGAGAUUUCUUUGUUAUGUGAUUAGCUCGGCAAAAAUAUCAGAAAAUUCAUCUAAAAAUUUUCUGCGUCUCUAGCUCUCUGAUUUCUCUGUGUCUCUCAAUUCCACAUGCUCUCUAAUCGAGCGGAGCGAGUGUAAACCGCAAGCUUCCGCGCAGCGGCACUAUCUUCCGCUUCAGCGGCCCCUGCGUGUCUAGCUCUCUGGUUUCUCUGCUUCUCUAGCUCUCUGAUUUCUCUGCGUCUCUAGCCUUGUAGCUCUCUGAUUUCUCUACGUCUCUAAUUAUCUAGAACUCUGCGUCUCUCAAUUCCACGUGCUCUCUCAUCGAGCGGAGCGAGUGUAAACCGCAAGCUUCCGCGCAGCGGUACUAUCUUCCGCUUCAGCGGCCCCUGCGUCUCUAGCUCUCUGACUUCUCUGCAUCUCUCAAUUUUUGAAGUGGGAUUCGAAAUGAAAAAUCGGAAUUCUGAAUUCUGAAUUCCGAGCCCUCCCGACAAGCUUCAAAUUAUUCCCCGAAUAAACUACGUUUCAAAAAUUUAUCAAAACUCUUUUCCACCAUAACUAAUUACUCCCGACAAGCUUCAAAUAUUCCAGAAUCUUCUGCUCUCAAUCUCUCCGCUGCAUUUUCGCAUUCAACAAUCAACUCACUCAACUUCCGGAUGAUUUCGACGAAGUCGCACAGCUCGAAACUCUGAUCUUGUACAAGAAUCAAAUCAGCGAAUUGCCUCGCCGAUUUUUUUCGGGAAUUCUACCGCGGUUGAGACAAUUGAACUUGUCAUCGAAUCAAUUGGAGAUUUUGCCCUAUUUUGAUGCAAGCUCUUAUUGUAGAAUUCAGGUAAGCUGGAAAAAUCUUUCAGAUUCUUCUUCUUCAAAAAAAAAAGAAUUCCAGAUCUUCCGCGCCGCCAACAAUCUCCUCACCGAAACCAGUGUCCCCGUGAUCAUCAAUAUGAAACAUCUCAAAACCCUCGAUCUCAGUCACAACUUCCUAAACUCCUUCGACGACAGUGCUUUAACAUCCCUGGACCUCCUCGAAGAAAUCAAUCUCUCCUCGAAUCGUCUGACACGUCUUCCCGAUUGCCUGGCUCUUCUUCCCGCUCUUCAAAUCCUUCGGGCUCAUUCGAAUCAACUCGUCUACAUUCCACAAUUACAAAACUGCUUGCAGCUGCAUACAAUCGAUAUUUCAUCGAAUAAUAUUUCGCUGGGAACUCUGGAUUUUCAAACACCGCCAAAUUUGCGGCAUUUUGAUGUCACUUGUAAUUCGGGCGAUUUUUUGGCCAAUAAUUCGACGGAGAAAAUGAAUAUGAUUGAUAUUGCUGAGGAUAAUCAGAACUUGUUUGGAUUUCAGAUCGGAAUGUCAGGUUCGAGAGGGUCCAAGAAUAAGUGAGUCUGCGUUCGGGGCAAGAGCUUCUAGGUCCGGCCGCUUCGCGGAAGCUUGCGGUUUACACUCGCGCAAAGCGCUCGGGAGUCCCGAUAACCUGAGCAAUGCUCGGGAAAUCCUAUAAUCUGAGCAAUGCUCACAAAUUCUGAAUUCAUCCUUUAAUCUGAGCAAUGCUCCGAAUUUUCCCUAUAACCUGAGCGAUGCUCGAAAACCCUUAUAACCUGAGCAAUGCUCGAAAAUCCUAUAAUCUGAGCAAUGCUUAAAAAACGCUGAAUUUCCUCUAUAAUCUGAGCAAUGUUCGAAAACCCUGAAUUUCCCUUAAAUCUGAGCAAUUCUCCAAAUUUUCCUCAUAACCUGAGCAAUGCUCAAAAAUCCAGAAAUUGCUUUUUAACCUGAGCAGUGCUCCAAAUUUUCCAUAUAACCUGAGCAAUGCUCCUACUUCUGGAGCUUCUGAAGCUCAAAAAUCGCACGCAGGACUGAUUUUUGAUCUGGAAAACCAUCUUAAACUCGGUUUCAAGCUGAAAUUCCGUGUAAAAUUUGGUCUUUCUAGUCAUAAAACUGAAUUUUAGCUGAAAAUCUCAUUUUUCAAGCAAAAUUUGAGCGAAAAAUUGGAAUUCUGGGUGGAUUUUUGAGUUUCAGAAGCUGAAAUUCCAGCAUUUUCCUUGAUUUUCAUCUUGGAAAUCAUGAAAAAUCAGCCCCAAAUCCAAAUUCCAGACAAUGCAUCCGUCAAAUGCGCGUCGCCAACACAUUCGCCUUCAUCGACGGCGGUUCGAACUACUUCAUGUCGACCUCAAUCUCCCGAUUCCUAUCCCAAUAUCUUCGCGAACAUCCUAACGUGGAUAUUCGAAGUGUUCUCCUCCGCGCACACUGUGAAUUGGGAGAGGAUGGUGAGAGGCUGGGAGCUAGUGUGAUGAUUGUUCGAGUGUCGGAGCGGUUUCUAGAAGUCACAGCGAUCGGAACAAUAUCGGCGGCGAUUUCAAUGAAUGGAAAUGUGAAGCAGAUGUGAGUUAGGCUAACUUCUGUUUGGAUUUGAUGUUUUUGUUCAGAAUUCGUGGGAGAUAUGAGAUUGAUGACGAUGAAUAUUCGCGAAUUCGAGAGGCUCAUGGAUUUGUGGACGAGGAGAAUAAGAUCAAUGGGAUUAUACAGGCAUCUAGGCAGAUUGGGCAUUAUUCGAUGUUUCCGAUUGUGCUGCCAACACAUUCUUAUAAGAAGGUAUGUAUUUUGGGCGGAGCGAGUGUAAACCGCAAGCUUCCGCGUAAGCGGUACUGUUUUCCGCUUUAGCCGCCGCCGGCCAGGGUUCUAUGCGUCUCUAACUAUCUAGCUGGCUGGUUUCUCUGCGUGUGUAAUUAUCUAGCUGUCUAACUUCUCUACGUCUCUAGCUCUCUAGCUGUCUGACAUUUCUGCGUCUCUAACUCUAGCAGCCCCCGACCUCUCUUGCCUCUCCGGUCAGACGAGAGACGACGAGAGUCCAAUGACGUCAUCAAAGACAUCGCUUCGAGAUAUUUUGAGAAAAAAUACCGUAUUUCGUUUCAAGGAACACACACAUUUUAUUGAAAAUAUCUCGCCACGAAAUUCAUUUUCGGGAUAUUUUCGCAAAAUACUCUCGUCGUCUCGCGUCUGACUCAACGGGUGCCAUGUUUGAUCGUCCAACUCUCCUCUGUGGCUCUAGUUGUCUGGUUUCUCUGCUUCCCUAUUUCUCUGCGUCUCUAGCUCUCUAGCUGUCUGACAUUUCUGCGUCUCUAACUCUAGCAGCCCCCGACCUCUCUUGCCUCUCCGGUCAGACGAGAGACGACGAGAGUCCAAUGACGUCAUCAAAGACAUCGCUUCGAGAUAUUUUGAGAAAAAAUACCGUAUUUCGUUUCAAGGAACACACACAUUUUAUUGAAAAUAUCUCGCCACGAAAUUCAUUUUCGGGAUAUUUUCGCAAAAUACUCUCGUCGUCUCGCGUCUGACUCAACGGGUGCCAUGUUUGAUCGUCCAACUCUCCUCUGUGGCUCUAGUUGUCUGGUUUCUCUGCUUCCCUAUUUCUCUGCGUCUCUAGCUCUCUAGCUGCCUGGCCUCUCUAUUGUCGAAGUUGAGAAAAAAUAAUUAUUGAUUGUUUCCCGACCGCGACGCAGAGCCGCACGCGACUGACGAAAAUUGUUUUUGUUUGUUCGUUGAACUCUGCACUGUUUUAUUCACGGCUUCGACAAUAACUCUAGCUGUCUGACCUCUCUGCGUCUCUAACUCCAGAGUGAUGUCUAAUUGUCUAGCUUCUAUACGUCUCUAGCUAUCUAGCUGUCUGCCUUCUCUGCGUCUCUAACUCUAGUGAUAUCUGACUGUCUAGCUUGAUCCCUGGUAGUACGCAAAACUGCGUCACCAUGUUGUGUCUGCACACACCAAGCCUUGGCGGCAAUUUGAAAUUUGAAAAUUGCUGGAUUUUCUUUAGUCAUUAUUCUGAGAAUGGAAAACUUGGCUUAAAAUUCAGAUGAAGCUUUGGUCUAUAACUUGACCGGCCUUCCAGGCUCAUUUAUAAAUUUUUUCAAAAUUUCAAAAUCCCCCAGCCCAGCCCUGUCUCCCCUCAAAACCCCUCCUCAUUCCAGAUCGCUCUCACCGAAACCCUAGAUGGUCUAAUCGUCGCCAAUAACUCUGUCUGGUCAAUGGUCCCUCUAGACGACGUAGCCCAAACAUUUCACAUGAAUCGAAGUCCAAUAGUCAUCGCCAAGAAGCUUCAAGACAAACUUCAAUCUUUCGAUUAUGGCGGCAAUUCGAAUAUUCUAGUUCUACGAAAAAUGAAACCCCAGGUCACAUUCACCCAGAACUCGACACUCGCUAAGCGCUCGGACAUUCUUCACCCCGCAAUUCCAGCGCUAAUCAUCCCGACUCCAGCAAUCCGUCAUGCCCCAAAACACUCACCAUCUCCACCACCACUUCCCGAUUCGAAUCCACCACCAUUUAUAUCGGAAAGUCUUGAUUUCGUGGCCAUUUCCUCCUCGAAAACCGGCAAAAAUGAUGAAUAUUAUAGUACGAUCAAGACGAAACGGCAAUUCGAUGAGCGGCGACAAAUAUUGAGCAGAAAUUUGAAAUUGAGCCCGCCGGAUUGA